AUGGCAGCAGCCUCAGUUCUCGCCCCUAACGCUCACUACCCAUCUCAGUCAUACCCAUCCAACUACUCUCAUCAACCUUCGUCCGGACCAAGUGUCGCCAAUAUGAUUUCCUCAGAGCCUCGACGACCGUCCCCCGAUAACGAGUCUUCGGCUCGCCAGUCACUGCCAUCGAUUUCAGAGGUUAUUUCUGGUGCGCGACCCGGGCAGUACCCUCCACCGGCCCAUGCUCCUCUGCAGCCCGGCUCGAGCUUGCCUUCGCCCUUUGCUUCAUCGGCUCGACAGUAUCCCGAAGCCGAUAAGCACUCUUCUCAGCCUCUGCACUCUGCCGCCUACCCUCGACAGGAUGGCCACGCCGCGUAUUCAGAUUCUCCCAGGCCACCCUUUAGCAGUGGCCGGCCUGGUCUCCCCCCUGUGUCUGAUCGCCGGGCGACUCCUCCGAUGAAGCACGAUGCUCACCCUCUCCCACAUCACAUGGUUGAACCACCAAAGCCGUCUGAUCGCCAUUCAAUGAAUGGCGUGUACUCUCAGCCGCCACCGCCAACCUCUAUUCCUUACCAGACGGGGCCGCUCCCGGCAGGGCAGCAGCCACUUCCUCCUUACCAGAUUUCUCCUAGAGGGCAUGCGGCUUCGCACAUAUCAGGCCAAUAUGACCCUCGGCCGGCGCCCACACACCUUGAAGAGGCCGACUAUGGUAGAGCUCGAUAUGACAACGGAACUUCACGAUCAUUUGAGAGCUGGAGCUACCAGGAAGCCCUAAGUAGAAUUGGGACCUGCUCGCGAACCAUCUUCAACUUCGCAGAGGCUUAUGGGCGCAUUGCCCAGGAGCAACAUGGAUCUCAGCCAAUCCCUGAGCGCCUUCCGACUGAGCGGGAGGUGAGCGAUAUGCUCUCCAACGUCGAAUACCUCAAGCGCUCUCUCGAACAAUGCAGAGAAGUAAUCGUAGCAUCGCUCCAGAGCGAGAGGGCCCGCGAUGGUGCCAAACCAAAGGGCCCAUAUGACGACGAUCAGGAUGUUCAAAUGUAUGGCGACUCAAUGAAGCAGCCAUAUGGCAUGACAGAAGUCAAAAAACGCCGAGGUCGUGCUGCUCCCCCUGGCCGAUGCCACAGCUGCAAUCGUAUCGAUACCCCGGAAUGGAGACGUGGCCCUGAUGGUGCCAGGACACUUUGCAAUGCUUGCGGCCUUCAUUACGCCAAACUAGAGCGUAAACGUCAACUGGAAGCCAGAUCGCUACGACCCAAGCCUGAGGAAAGAAGUUGA